AUGUCGGUGAUUCGUACGCGUACUCUGCAGGAGGUGUUCGAAGAGUCCAAGAUGGUCAUUUCGCAACUGACCGAGGAGGAAAUUCACGAGUUCAAGGAAGCUUUCUUGCUUUUUGACAAGGUUUCCCAUCACAGACUGAUCGAAUACUUCUCACUCUUCGUUUGCAGGACGGAAACGGCACGAUUUCCAUCAAAGAACUGGGAGUUGCAAUGAGAGCUCUCGGCCAGAAUCCGACCGAACAGGUGAGUGAGAGAACGGAAAGUGGGAGAGGAAAUGUGGAGGAAUUCAGCAAAUGAUGGAAAUCAUUCACGACGUGGAUUUGGAUGGAAACGGACAAGUCGAGUUUCCAGAGUUCUGUGUCAUGAUGAAGAGGUGAGAGAGGGCUUGCGGUGGAUGGAGGGGUGGGCGGGGCGGGGCACACUGCCUACUAGGCAACAGAGUGAGAAGUCUGAAGAGGCGCCCGGGGACCGGCGACAAACGUCAUCGGGCUACGAUGAGUUCACUUAUAAAGGCGGCUGACGUAGAACUCGAAAUUUCUAACGCACGAAUCGAAUUUCUUUUCUUUUCGGUCGAGAGAAAAGGGGGCCUUCAUAAACACUUGCGUGCAUCUUUCCGAGUGUUUUGCACGGAAGUGACACUUCGACAAGUCUUCCGUGUACUCUCCUCAUGAAUGUUGCAAAAGGUAACGUCACCUGAGAUUGAAUCGGACAACUCGACAUUAUUAGAAUAAAUUAUACAAAAAUAGUGGGAAAGUUUAGGCUAUUUUGAAUGUGAGCAAGAGAAAUAUCGGCCUAAGGUCAUUCAAAGCUCAGAUGGGAAAACUGAGAGUUUUGCUUCAAAGGACUAUGAAUUUAAGAUUAGUCUGCGGGCAGGACCACACUUGAGACUUGCGAGCCAGUAAACAAAAUAUCAUUAGUGCAUUUGGGUUGCAGUGAGAGCCUUUGACUGACUGAUUUCUUCCAGAAUAAUGAAGGAAACGGACUCUGAGAUGAUCCGCGAAGCAUUCAAAAUUUUCGACCGCGACGGAAACGGAGUCAUUACAGCCAACGAGUUCAAGUUGUUCAUGGUACUUGUCACUGCCAGACGACUAAACAUCUUCUGUCCGUUUCAGAGCAACAUGGGCAUGUGCUUCGACGAGGCAGAAGUGGAGGAGAUGAUGAACGAGGUGGACUGCGAUGGUAAUUAUAUUGUCCGGCUCGUCUGGAGAGCUCUCAAGUGAAAUUACAGGAAACGGAGAAAUCGACUACGAGGAAUUCGUCAAGAUUUUCAGCUAA